UAAGAGGAAUGAAAAUCAGAAUUAUCUUCUUUUCUCAGACGCCCAUGGCAUCCUCUCUUCUUCAAAUUCCUUCCUCACCAAUCCCUCAAAAUCAAGCACAUGCAUGAAUGAAUGAAAAUCAUAAACCCUUCAUCAAAGAAACCCAUUUCAGUUAAUAUUUUGCUCUAAUUCUCCAUUUCCCUCCUGUUUAGAAUCAACCCAAAAACCCCCACAUUUCUAUUCUUCAAACCCCCUAUUGCAUGUACGAAAUAUUUAAAGUACUCACAAAUCUUAAGACUAUUCUCGUAUUUUUCUGAUUCAGAAAAGAAGAGAGAAAGUAAACACUAUCUAUCUUUUACUAUUCGCUCCACCUUUCAACCCUCGCGUCGCUCUGGUCGAAUCUAAUUCUAUUAGUAUUGUUGCACAUAACCUGUUUGAUUCAAUUUCCCUUUUGAUCUUUCUACUUAAUGCUGCUUGUUUUCAUUAUUCUUGUUCUAUAAAUCUUCACUUUAUUGUUCCUAUCUUUUGAUUUUGUUUUCAUACUUGUAUGUAGAAGAGAAGAGGAUAAUGGAUUUCAGAGAUGUAGCUCACAACUUGUAUCAUUCUAUUCUUGCCAUUCGAAAUCUUGGGCUUCAACUACUAUGGUACUUUCUACAAAUCAUUGUCAGCGCAUGGUAUUACAUAUCAGUCGUGGCUAAUUUGUUUGAAAGCUAUUUCAUCUCUUAUGGAGUAUUUAAGAAAUACAAGUCUCUUCCUAUAGCAAAGCUUCGGUACCUUGCCAUUGUCAUAGAGAGUGAAGAUGCUCAUCAGACUUCAAAAGUUGUUCAACUUUUGCAGUGGCUGGACUCGCUUGGUAUAAAAAAUGUAUGCCUCUAUGACAUGAAUGGAGUGUUGAAAAAGUCAAAGGAGGCCAUAUUUCACACAAUGAAGAAUGCAAAAUCCAUAGAGGAAGUUAAUAAAGCUGUCACAGACCAUGUACCAGAUCACAUGACCCUAGAAUUUGUUUCUUAUGUGGAUGGGAAGGAAGCAGUGACCAAAGCAGCUAACUUGAUUUUUGUUGAGAGUUCGAAACGACAUAACUUAGAUGGAGAACUUGAUUAUCAAUUAGAGCCUCGCCUGAAUCAGGCACUGCAAAUAGUUGGUUGCAUAGGCCCUGAACCUGACCUUUUACUGGUUUAUGGACCUGUGAGGUGUCAUCUUGGUUUUCCUGCAUGGAGAAUUCGGUAUACAGAGAUAGUGCAUAUGGGGUCGUUGAACUUCAUGAGAUAUGGUUCCUUAAUAAAAGCCAUUUACAAUUUUACAAAGGUGCACCAAAAUUAUGGUACAUAGGGAAGGAAAUCAAUCAAAAGUAAAUUGACUGUGCAAGCACAAAGCAUAGGCGCGAAGAAUAGAAAAAUACCUAGCUAUACAUCUCUGUGGAGGAAUGGUUUCUUGCUAGUAAUGUGUAAAUGUGUUACAAUAGAAAUAGAAUUACAAGUAAUGAUUUAGAUUCACUCACUAAACUUUUAACAACGGAAAAUUAAGUAGAUAUAUCUUUUGCCCUCACUUGCCUCCUCAGUGUUGCUGUUUUGAGUUUUAGUUGCCCUACUGUUGGCUUUAUUUAGCUGAAAAAACCCAUGUACGCGACAAUGAUACUGUAUCUUUUGAUUAUCUAACAAUGAUAGUGUAUCUUUAUUUA